AUGAGCAUACCGCCGUUAUCAUUAGAUUCAUCUUGGAGGUCUGAUUCACAUUCACCCAGAAGAGGUAAAGAUAGACAGGUAGAAGAGGUUAUCUGGGAUGUUCAAGGUUUACCUAAUGGCUUAGCAUCGAAUUCCGGUCCAUCACUUUUUCUCUCAGGAAGCCAAAAUGAAAAAAAGAAACGAGAUGAUGAAGGAUUGAGAGAACAACCAAUGAAUGUAAAAGUUCUGGCUAGAUUGAUGGACACUACUAAAGGGAGGGAUAAAGUACUGAAAUGUUUUCAGUAUUCACUGAAAACAUAUGUAUAUCUCCUUACGUUAAUAGCGAGAAUACGCCCUCUAUCACCAUGGUUCAAAUCAAAUUCAAAAAGAAUGAAAUUGGCAAUAUCUGGAUUAUCUCUUACUAGAAAAUGCCUACUCCUUCUUAAUCCUUUACAUCCCUUAUCCGACCUCUUAUCGCAAGAACCUAUGUCACCUCGAACACUGGUCGUUCACCUUAUAGACCUGUUUUCGGCACUAUCAGACGAUGUGUAUUGUUUAUAUAAGUUAGGAAUAGUAGGGAGACGGACAGGAUUGGUUGCCGAUAACUGGGCAAAUCGAUUUUGGUUUUUGACGACAAUAAUGGGAUUAUACAAAUUACAUCUAAAGACAAUACCAAAAAUCGCUAAUUCACCGCUGUCAAUCGAAAAGAGAAGAUCAGAUCUAUCAGAAGCUAAAUGGACAAAUAGGAAAUUGGUAGCGGAUCUUGCAUUUGUCUCGUAUGACGUUUUCGAACUCAAUUUCCCAAUAUUGGAAGAACCGAUGAAAUGCUUUACUGGUCUAGUGUCGGGUCUGAUUAGUGCUUGUAAAUUGUAUAAUCAAAAUUGGGAAGCCAGUAUAGGUAAAGGAUAG